AUGACGGAACGGACAGCACAGCGUUGGUUCGCGCGAUUCAGAAGUGGUGAGUUCGAGCUUCAUGACCAUACUCCUCCUGGACGCACGAGUGAAUUCGACCACGAGCGACUGCAAGAGCUGGUCCAGGAGGAUUCGAGACAGUCAACACGAGAAUUAGGUCAGCAGAUAGGCUGUUCUAAGGCCACCGUUUCUCGACAACUCCGUUGGAUGGGAAAGAGCCAGAAGUUUGGCGCGUGGGUGCCGCACCUUCUUGAGCGCUCACGACAAGCUUCAACGUUGCUCCAUUGCCGCCUCUCUGCUUGCGCGCAGAGAUUCCUUUACCGGAUCGUGACAGGCGACGAAAAAUGGUGCCUCUAUCUGAACAGGAAGCAUCGGAAGGAAUGGGUCAGCCCCAAUAAGCAAGCGACGCCUCGAAACAACUCGGAAUUGAAAGUUUGGCUUGACGAUUUCUUUGAAACCAGACCCGAAGGUUUCUACCGCCGAGGCUUCGAAAAACUUGUUCAUCGCUGGGAAGAGGUCGUAAACAAUGAAGGAGAGUACAUUACUGAAUGA